GUUACAACUAUCGAAAACAGAAUCUGGGUCGUUAAGGAUAUUUCACAGAUGGUUUGGUUAAAGUCUCUGUUUUACUUGAGGUUGUCUGCGUUAACCUCAUCAGUCUCUCGGUUUUGUGCGGUUCCCUCCUCCCUCUCGCUGUAAUCGAAAGUGAAAGAAGUUGAGGCUCCUACAAUCACGUGCGGUAAGCGACCGUCCUUUUUACUGCUUUAUCACUUAAAAAGUCCCCUUGAUUGUUUUAGUUGAUGAGUGUCUAUGUCAUUUUGUGUGUAUCAUGGGUUUAUUCAUAUAAAAAGUCUCGGAGAUGUUUGGUUUGACGUGACGUUACGUAUGGCGAGUAUCUAUGUUAAUAUGUUGCGUGUAUUAUUGGCUCAUUCAUCUGUAAAGUCCCGGAGUUGUCUGAUUUGACGUGAGGUGACGUUUGCCAAGUCUCUAUGUCACUGUGUUGCGUGUAUCAUUGUUUUAUUCAUCUAUAAAGUCUCAGUGGUGUUUGGUUAGACGUGACGUGACGUAUGGCAAGUUUCUAGAAAUUUUAACGUGCAGAGUCGAUUCUUUACGUUGCUACGUAACAAAGUGGAAACAUUCAAGUAUGGAAGCAGGGGCGUCAUGCCAACCAAGACUGAAAUUUUUAUUCAUACUGAGAACAAACCUCGGAGAAAUGUCCCUGCAGUAAUUACUCUUUAAUAGUUGCAACUGCAUUUAAGGUACAAAUACAUCAGAUUUAUUUUAUAACCUUUUGUUUCUAUCUUCCUUUUGCCAGAGUUUGGUGGAGAAGGCUCGUCUCUAAAGUGCUUCGACAGGCUGAAUAUAUGAGCGCCCCAAAAACUAUUUUUGAUCAUAAAAUGUCAACAUUUGAAAUACGCCACCACAAUGAAUCACAACAAAUUUAGAAAGUUCAAACAGAAACUACUCAGCUCAAACAUCUCAGGUAAGUGUCUUUUAGUGGAACUCUGUAUGCCCUGUUUAAAAUGACGGUUUUGUAUCUGAUGCCACUGUGUUGUUUUUCAGAUUAUCAUGGUCUCAUUAGUCCGGGUUUAACCUGCUACUUGAACACCGUCCUACAGGUGCUUUUCAUGACUGAAGAUUUCAGAGAGGCUGUGAAACGGUGUGUAACCUCAGCUCUGACUUAUCUGGGUUAACUUUUUAUAACAGUAAAACAGAUUAAUACUUAUUAUUAUUUUUUUAUUAUUUUUUCUAUUAAGGAUUUUUAUGAGAUUUAUAAAGUUUAUGAAAAUGUCUUCAUAAAAUAUCCACAUCAAAUUUUAAGGCUGAUAUUUAAAGCUUUUCUGUAUAUACACCACAAAAAAGAUGCUUCUUUAACAGAAUCCUGCCUACCCCACCUUUUAAUAGUUUGUUGUGAAAUAAGUGCAUUUCACAUGAAAAAAGUCUUGUUUUAAAUUAGAUUAGAUACUCUGUCACAUGGUUAGUCAAUGUGAAAUGGAUUUCUCCUCUUUCAUAGAUGCAGCAGUGAAGAUUUAACAACUUUUGACUCACAUCUGGCAGAUCUGUUCACCACUUUAGAGAAAGAAACCGCAAAAACCCAUGAAAUCACAAGACAGCUUGGCGUGACAAAUGGUAAAUCUAGAUUCAGACAUCCAAUUAUUGAAAUCUGACUCAGAGACUGUAUGUUAUUCUAGUUUUAACACUAUGUCGCACUGUAAAACAAUAAUAUUCUUAACUCAGUGUACGAGCAACGGGAUGCUGCAGAGUACUUGGAGAAGAUCCUGUGUCGGGCCAGUCCAGAGGCGGCCAAGGUAAAAAAAAAAAUGAAGAAGUAUCCCCCUAAAAUUCCCCCACUGACUAGUUGACACAAAUCUUAUGAACCCACUGAUGCAUCUUGUAUCCAGAUAUUUAAGGGGGAGCUGAAUCACAGAAGCAAAUGCCUCACGUGCGAAGACACAAACGAAACCAUUAACUCUUUCUGGAUUCUGCCACUUGUGGUGCAAGACUCUUGCGGCCAGCUCUUCACUGUGGUAUUCUUUUCUUUCCAAAGUAUAAAAGUUGUGUGUUUUUUGCCUAAAAUGAAUACAAGAGGAAAAUUGUGUAUUUUUGAAUUUUCCACUUUGUUUUCAGGGGAGAGGGUUGGAGGCAUUUUUCAGGGGAGAAAAAUUCAGUGGAGCGAACGAGAUAUUCUGCAACCACUGUAACAAGAAGAGAGAGGCAGAUUUAGUAAGUGUUGACAGUUGUGUCAAACAUUAUAUAUUUAUAUAUUAUAUUUAAGUGCAUGUUCAGGUGCAGCUCAGAAAAUUAGAAUAUCCUGAGAAGUUCAUUUUUUUUCCACAAUUUAAUUCAAAAAGUGAAACUUCCAUAUACUCCAAUCCAGUUUUUGUAGUUUUGUUGCUGUGUGCAGGUGCCAGGUCCUGCUGGCAAAGAAAGUCUGUAUCUCUUUAAAACUCUUUAGUCUAGUUUACUAAGUUAAUAUUUGCCUGAUUUGACCUCUUAUUUCCCCAAAGUGUAACAUCUUAUGUGUUACAUGUUGUUUAGGGGUGCGAGAUAACACACAAUCCUGAGAUUUUAACCCUCCUGUUGAAGAGAUUCAGCUUUGACAGCAAACACAAACGUUACUUCAAACUUGACUGUGAAGUGGAGGUCCCAGAAACGUUACACAUGACGGUACGCCAGGAUUCAUUUCUGUUUUAAAAUGUCUGGAUUGAAUUUGUCGAAUGGUGACUGGAUGAGACUUUGCUCAUUGCAGAAUUGUAAUUAUGACCUUUAUGCUUUGGUGGACCACAACGGGGAUCUGACAGAAGGUCAUUACACCGCACGAAUUAAGUCUUUUGAAACUCAGGGGUGGUACCACUUUAAUGACCGCAUUGUCAAAUCGGUGAGCUCAGCUUAAUUUACACAGUACUUUUUAUUCUACAAAUAUUUACAUGCAAUCCAGCAAAGUGCUGAGAGUGUUAACUGUAAAUUUUCUACUGUUUUAGGUCAGACAUGCAUUAUUUGGGAUGGAGGGCGAGCGUUUGAAGUCUCGUAGAGCGUACCUCCUCAUGUAUAGGAAAGGUAAGAUUGACCUGUGUAGUUCUGACAGGAUAAUCUCCCGCAUUAUUUUUUCUGUGUGAAUGAUUAAUGUUAUUUUUUUGUUUUUUACAAAACUACUGCUGCUUUUUCUUCACUUUCCUCUAAACAAUUACGAGUAAAAAUAUUUACUUCCUUGAUUUAAAACCCAAAUUUCCCUUGUUCCUCUUUUUUCAAUAUAAUGCUUGACUUUCACGUGAUAAAAACAAGCUCAGAAUAGUUUUCGAGGGUAAAGUGCGUCACUAGUAAGACAUCACUUCAUACAAUACUGCAGAAAUACCAUAUUGUAUUUAAUCGUAUCAAAAUGUACCAUAUCCAAGUGUAUCUGACUAUAUCACUGUAAUAACAUCCAUUUUUCUUUCCUUAAAGUGAACAAACAUCCUGGAAAAUGUGGGGAUGCUUACAGUGCAACUUCUCACAUUGACGCCAAGGAAAGACACAAGGAUGAACACACUGCAGAGGGAAACUUCAAGCACUUGAACGGUGAAACAUCAAUCAAGAGACUUGAUGUGGUUGCAAAAAAACAGACAAACAUUUUAGGGAGCCUGGAAAAGACUGUUUACCAGGAAGCACCACACAGAGAAAAAAUCCAAAGAGAUGGAGGACAACAGUGGGAUAAGCUGAACAGACAGCAGCCGGAUACAAACUCAGUGGAUCACAUGCAACAUCUAAACACUAGAGGGACUACUACAGCGUCUUUGAGAACACACCAAGUCCAACAUGCAGAAACCAAAGAUGUGAAAAACAAAGCAGAGGGGGACAUCAGCCACAGAGUGAUCACCACAAAGACUGUGACAGAGGUAGAGAAAAGGUCUAGAGAUGCAGCAAGACACAGACACAGAGACAGGGACCAAAGAGAGCCGUGGAGGUUUUGAAGCAGUGAUGUAACCUGUACACUGACUGUUUUUUCAGUUGAGUUCCCCUGAGUCCUUAUUUAAAUAUCUGGACAAUAAAAGAUGACUCGAGUUGUUCUACUGCCA